CAAAAACAUUGUGAAUGGAUGCUCGGGCAUACUACACUUCUCCAUUAACCCUUACUUGUAAUCAGGCUGAUUACCCUGGGCCUGUAAUUUUAUCCUCAAGGUCCUUAAAUUAGGCCCAAAAAAUAGUAUUUCAAAUAUAUCAAAAUUAAACACACUGUCUUCUCAAUCAAGAAAGGAAAUUCACCAGAAAAAUUCUCGACAACUGAGGCAGAUGGCUUUGGAGGCUUUUUCGUCACAGGCCAGCGAUAAAGUUCACGCAGAUGUUCUCUCGAAAGCAAGGCUCGCUUGCUACAAGGCGCGCGACGCAUUCUACGCGUGCCUAGAGAGAGAAUCGAACAAGAAACCCACGGAAAUUGCAUCUGUAGGGCUUCUUUACCCAGUCGAGUGCAAGAGAGUUAGGGAUCAGUAUGUGAAUCAGUGCAGACCUACUUGGGUGAAGCAUUUCGACCGGCAGUAUUGUGCGAAGAAGAAGGUUCAGAGGCUUUUGGAUGAUAAUGAGUCAAGGAGAGGUCCGUUGUCACUUCCACAGCCUUCUACAUUUAAAACCCCCAAUAGCUGUUGAAGAUUUUGAAUUUAAUAAUCAGAAUUUUAGUGCAUUAUAAUCCCUAGUAUUUGAACCUGAUAGGGCUAUAAUGAGAGCAUGAGAUUUUGUUAGGAAAAAUAUGGGAGUGGUUGUGUUUUGGUUGACAUUACAAAUUGCAUAUCUGUGUAGGGACAAAUGAUAUUAUGUGAAUGAUGAUAGGAUUUGGAGUUUGAAAUGCAAGACUUUAUGAAUCAAUAUUUUGAGGAAUGAUGAGCAUGAGUUUAAACUCCGUGGGUGUGCCUCUUGGUUUCGAGUUGUUACAAACUUUCAAGUCAUAAGGAGGAAUUGUAGCUUCUUGCAUUUGACCUAAUAUCAGUUGAAAGUCUUUUUUUGUUUGUUUGUUUGUUGAAAUGGCGAAAAGAAGAAUGCCACUUAGUAAGAGUUGUUCCUUCUUUUUGCACAUUUUUCUUUUUCUUUUUAUUUUUUGCUUUUUUGUAACAUUUAAAUAAAUUCAGGAUAAUAAAAUCAUUUGAUGUAUUAAUCAGAUUCACUCUGUAUCUUUGUGUUAUAUCCUGAUUAGUACUUUCUCCUAUGCCUUUCCUCCA